GGGACGGUGUCAAGGGGAAGUACGGUGAGGCCAUAACUUGGGAGAAUUUCCGACAGGAAUUCUUCAACCAAUACUACUCCAACUUCGAGGUGAACUUGAAGAGGAGAGAAUACACCAACUUGACCCAAGGAGGCAAGUAUACCGUGAGGCAACUUGAGCACAAGUUCAGGGAGCUCGCGGAGUUCAUACCGGAGUAUGCUUGUGAUGAGAACCGGAUGGUGAAUAACUUUUGGGAUGCUUUGGACUUAGACGUGCGUGAGAGGGCAACACAGUUGCCUAACAUGACGUUUAGUCAAGUUGUGGAGCAAGGCUUGAAGGGAGAAAAGGAGUGGGAGGAAAGAAAGCUGAAAAACGCCGAGGAGGCAAAGAAGAGGAAAUGGGAGAACACCAUCCCCCAAGGUUUCUAGCAAGAAGGGGAACCACGGGGGAGGUGGGUCUUUCAGAACGCCCGCACCACCAUCCAGGGGAAAUCAAGGCCCGGGAGGGCAAGGCUCGAGGUCGCAAGGCUCGGGCAUUAUUAGGUGCAGUAACUGCAAGAGGAACCACGCGGGCAAGUGCCUCGAUCCCACUAGGUGCUACCAAUGCGGGGAGACGGGGCACUUGAGAUCAAACUGCCCACAACUUGGGCGAGUCAUGGGUGCAGGACCUAGCAGCGGGACUACGGCAAGUAGGAACCGAGCAGGGGCACCUCACGCGAGCACGAACACGGAGGGCCAAGUACAAGCAAUGCACCAUCCGUGAACCAAGGCAAGACCCAAGCUAGGGUCUAUGCGAUGACGGAGGCGGACGCACGUGCUAACCCGGACUCCGUUGCGGUUUCAGGUAGAACUUGAAGGUUGCUGCCACUGCCCGUUGCUUCGGGAAGAUCAAAGGGAGAAGACGUGGUUCUUGCUUCUUCCGUUUCUGUUUUGAAAACAAUUUAAAUAAUGCUCAUGGAUAUUGUUUUUGAAUAAUUAUUUGGGGGCUUGUAUGCCCAUGUUUGCCAAGGUGUGGCAUAAACACUUGUGUUAAAUGUUUCCGCUGCUAUAAAUGUUUAUUUUACAUUA